AUGUCGCUAAGGCCACACUAUCUGACGAACCUGACAAUAAAGCCUAUUGUUGGCUUCGCAAAGGCCAAUCCAAUACCCUUCCAGGAGAGUGGAUCUGUGGAUUUGAGUUGUAAGAGCGGCUUCCCAACCGUUGGGGGAGGGCCCAAAAGAGCUGACGAGAAUUUUAGCUAUGAGAAUGAAGCUGCACUGGUUGAAACUCACCGCAGCGGCGCAGAAUAUCAGAGGAUGCGCAAAGUGGUUGCGGAAGAGGAACUGCUGGGCAAGACAUAUCCUCAGAUAAUCUUUCUCAAACCAGCAGCUCCCUCCGGUUUUAUCAACAGGGGAUCGACAGCAACAGUUCUUGACGAAAGCGACCAGUCGUUGGUCCUGAUAUCGCAAUACAAAUAUAGAGCGGAGUCAAUGCAACCUUUCCUCGCAGAGAUCGAACAUAUGACCCAGGCUUGCCGUACAGAGCCGAAAGUCCUGGCUUAUUACCCCAUGCUCAGGAAGGACGGUGAGAGCUCGGUCCUGACGAUCUUCGAACGGUAUGCCUCAGAAAACGCCCACCGCAAGAUCAAAGAGGCAUUAGAUCCUCUUCUCGCAAGAUUGGCUGCUUUGAGCGAUGAGAUUGUUGUCACUACAUGGGGACACGGCUUUGGACACUUGAAAAGCAUUAGCAGCAACCUUGAGCUCUAG